UGUGCAGAUAUGCGCCACCAAAUCACACAAGUUUUCCUUCUCGAAAAUGUUUUAAUUUGAGGUAAGGUUUGUCUGUCAUACAUGCACAUCCCUCACCUCUCUGCAGUGUUGGGGACUCCGCCUGGCGCGAUGGCUACUGAAUCAGACUGCGAGCGAGAGCAGCCACUCUAUGACCAUGGUUGGUGGGGACUGCCAGUCAGAUGUACUCCUCUGCCAGUGCCUCAACAAUUUGGCAAAGUUGCUCUACUCCAAUGGAGCGGCAGAUGAGUGGACCAGCUUCUCCGGUCUCUCGCCAUCUCUGAGAAGACUAUCAUCCUAUACCAACCUACACCAACAGAGACCUGGACACUGGUGUCGGAGCUCCCUGGGAGGUGAGCUACCAGCAGGACUACACUCUCAUCAUGAAGGGAGGCAACCUCAGAGGCUAUUCCGCUGUCUUCAGCGUCGUCCCCGACCUAAAGCUAGGUCUGAAUGUUCUCUGUCUCGAUGUGGCCAGUGCUAUCAUAAGCUGGCACUGGUUCGCGAACUCCACUCCCUCCUCAUUCCGCAUUCGUGUUGCGGCUCUACAUCGCCACUCUCGCCUGACCCCCUACCUCCCAACACACUACCCCAUCCACCCUGCGCGCCAGGAGCAAUGAAACUGUGGCACUGGCCAUAUAUCAUACCUCUAACAGGGACAGUCGUUGGCCCUCUCGGGGUCUGUCAUUCAGGGUGUGUAUAUACGGGUGCCACAGAGAGCCAUCACGCUGUCAGGUAGAGUUUGCUGAAGACGAGGUCUCUUGUCUAUCAGGUGAGCUCCUUGCCCUCAGACACACGUGGCUCUACUUCGACAGGCAGCCAGACUCCGCCCCUCACUGGCAGGCCAAGAACUUCACAAUACCGGGUUUCUCUCCUGGCCUCCUCUUCCAAAGAAUAUGAUCUCCAUAUAUCUCUUUAUAAUUAUUAUUCCUAUAUUUUAUCAAUUGUGUGUGGUGUAUAUUAUAUAUGUGAUCACCAAAACGAUAAUUUGCACCGUAGCACCUAAGGCAAUAGAUCACGCACCCAGAGCAAAGGGCUGAACCAACAACUAACGGAAAUGCGUUAUAAAAAGUCAUAAAAAUACAAUAUUUGGUCUGAUGAUAAAAAUUACGUCGGUUAAUCCAGUUUGGGCACGGCCCAGGAGCAGGGGUGCUCCUCAAUAUCGAGGCACAUUAACGCCCUGUGGAGCUGGAACGCAACCUCCUCGCCAGGCAGUGCCAUAAAGAGUUCCGACCCACCCAGAAUUUCAUCCCCGUGUCCUGAUCCACUCCCCAACCAGUGAUCGCCACCACGUGUGUCGUGUGUGUAGUGUAUGCCGUCGGAUCUUGGAUAAUGCCGCUCUUGUAGUCCAGGAAAGCGGAUCUGUGGGCAGUAGAUUGAGCAGGCUAUAGGUCCGCGGGCGUUAUAUUCUCAGCCAUCAUCUCGUCCUCGCCUUGAACAGAGCCGUACUCGGACACGUAGAGUUACUUUUGUCCCGUUCACAAAACUUGCAGGUGCUGGCGAGGUCGCCAGGCUCGACACAUCAUCUGGUCACACGGGAUCUCUCCCCAGUAGUAGUUGUCCACUCCUUGUAGGUAGGGGAGCACGUGACGUCGUCGUUAUGCCGUGCUCGUGGAUGAACUGGUACGCCAGGAUCGUCGUUGCCCCCGUAGCAAGGACCCCGCGUCAGAGGCGCAGUCCAAGAGAACUUGAGGAGAGAGCUUGGUUUGCGAGACUCGGGCCGUUCUGGCGAUUAUGAAGCGGUCUGUUAGAGCUCCAGUCGAGGCAUGGGGCCCAGCAGCUCCCGCACGGGGAGGGUAGGAAUUGGUGGUGGCCUCUGCGACGAAGAGGUUCCGUUGACGCUACGCCAGUCGAAGUUGUCCGGGAGAGAGGACGGGUCUAGUGUGCUCGUGGGUUGGCUUGGUGAGCACGUGACUCGGUCGAGGCCCCGUUUUUUCUCUGUAGCAGGUCCCAGGGAGGGAGGUGAGUGCAGGGGGACAGCGCAGAGGGCGAGCAGGCGGGAAGAAGAUAAGUCCUCAGCAGAGCAGCCCAUUCGUUGUCUUGCUAGUGUUAGCUCAGCUAUUUGGGAA